AUGCUUUCUUGCAUGCAAAGUUUGGGGCUUUUUGCGGAGAAGCAUCACCACGAAGUGGGGGUUUGUCAGCACGAGUUGGGGCUGCGGUUUGCUGCGCUGGCAGCAGCAGCAGACGCAUGCAUGCUGCACAAGUAUGUUGUUAAAAACACCGCGCAUGCAUUUGGAGUUUCUGCAACUUUUCUUCCAAAACCCUUGCCAAAAGCUCCCGGAUCUGGCCUCCAUGUGCAUCUGUCUUUGUGGAAAAACAACUGCAAUAUCUUCGCCAAAAAACAGAAUUCUGCUGCUGCUGCUGCUGCUGCUGCUGCUGCUGCUGCUGCUGCUGCUGCGGCUGGGGAGGGCGGGAAGCGCGAGAGCGAGGCGCAGCAGCAAACGGAGGAGGAGGAGGGAGGGAAGCAGCAGCAGCAAACUGCUGCUGCUGCUGCUGCUGCUGCUGCUGCGGAGGGGGGGGAAGGCGCUGCUGCUGCUGCUGCUGCUGCUGCUGCAGCAGCAGACGCGCUGAGCGAGGAAGCAAAACAAGCAGCAGCAGGAAUUUUGCUGCAUGCAAAAGCUUUGGCAGCUUUUACAAAUCCUUCCACCAACUCUUACCGAAGACUUGUCCCUGGAUUCGAAGCCCCCACUUCCCUCACCUUCUCUCCAGCCAACCGGAGCGCGGCGAUUCGGGUGCCGGUGUGUCCGGGUGGGGGCGGGGAGAGCGCGCGGCUGGAGUUCCGGUGUCCAGACAGCUCGAGUUGCUCGUAUCUUUGCUUUUCUGCGGUCGUUUUGGCCGCAAUUGACGGAAUAAAAAGACAAUUGAGGCCUCCGGAAGCUCCGGAAUCGAAUUCUCCGUCUCCGGAGACCCCAAAUGGUGCUUUUGGCGACCAAAAUCUCCCCAAAAACCUCGCGGAAGCUCUCGACGCCCUCGAGCGCGACCACCAGUUCCUCCUCCAGGGCGGAGUCUUCACUGAAGACUUCAUAAAAGAUUACAUUUUAUUCAAAAGAGGAGAAUGCCAACUUGUGAAUUCAAUUCCGCAUCCGAAAGAAUUCGAGCUCUACUACCACUGCUGA